AUGUCGACCCCAGGUUCGUCUACUCCUGAGAACCUCAGCGAUGAGCUCAAGGCCGUCGAGACCAAGGCUGUCAACCAGACCAUUGCUCAGAUCCGCUCCCUCGCCGCAGACGGCGGAGAGGGUGUCUACUCGGGUGCCAUUGAUGUUGUCAAGAGAACUAUUGCCCGUGAGGGUUUGGCUCGGGGAUUGUACGCUGGUGUUUCGGCUCCGCUGGUUGGAGUCACCCCUAUGUUCGCCGUUAGCUUCUGGGGUUACGACGUCGGCAAAACGCUUGUCAGCCGGUUCUCGAACGUGCGCAUGGAGAACAACACCCCCCAGUACACCAUCGCCCAGAUCUCCGCUGCUGGUUUCUUCUCCGCCAUUCCUAUGACACUGAUCACGGCUCCCUUUGAGCGCGUGAAGGUGCUUCUGCAGAUUCAGGGCCAGAACCCUCCGCCUCCGGGACAGAAGCCCAAGUACUCUGGUGGUCUGGACGUUGUCCGGCAACUAUACAAGGAGGGUGGUAUUCGGAGUGUCUUCCGCGGAAGCGCCAUGACUCUGGCCCGUGAUGGCCCUGGUUCCGCCGCCUACUUCGCUGCCUACGAGUACAUCAAGCGCAAGCUGACCCCCAAGGACGAGCACGGCAAUGUCACUGGUGCCCUGUCCAUGCCCGCCGUCCUGGCUGCCGGUGGUGCUGCCGAGUGCCCCGGCAAGCCCACAAUCGGCGGCACCAUCCGGUCGGUCUACGCCAGCGGUGGCUUCAAGGCGUUCUUCCCUGGUUUCGGUCCUGCCUUGGCCAGAGCUGUGCCUGCAAACGCGGCUACAUUUGCCGGUGUCGAACUCGCGCACCAGUUUAUGAAGAAGCUCUUCGACUAGAGGUCGAGACUUGAUGGAACCAGAAAAAAGGAAUGGGAAUCGAUCGUGUAGGGUGGAUCGUCCGUUGAGAGAUAUUGUAUAUAUACCACUUUCCGUUGUUGUGGCCCGAGAGUGCAUAUUCCGCGUUUCUUGCCAGUUUUUCUCUGCUAUGUACGGGAGCAUAGAAGCCUGGAUAUCCUGUUUACUAGGUAUUAUAGACUAGAUGAUGUUUUUCUAUUGGCCUAUUCACAAUCAGCUUCAUUAUGCGACCGUCGACCAAGACUGUUUGAUUUCUGAAACAUUUGGCGCCAUGCUGACAGCAAUAAUGAUCCCAACCAAUCAUUUCUUAACUUUAAAGCGGAGACAUCUCCAAGCUCACUCUUGCU